UCACUCAACACCACCAAGCCACUCUCGCCGAUAUCGAGUUCACUGAAGCCCGCCAUGGCCGACAAUUACAAGGAAUAUCUGGCCGCAAAGGUCCUUGCCGAUGGCAAGCCCAUUACCUACCGAGUCCUCAGUCGCGCUCUCAAGGUCAAUGUGAACAUCGCGAAGCAGAUGCUUUAUGAAUUUCACUCCCAGCAGAACGCGAAGAAGCCAAAAUCAGUACAUGCAACCUACGUCCUCGCCGGCAAGAAACGAGCACCCGAGCACACCAACGGCGUACAUACACAGGAUGGAGAGGAUUCAUUUAUGCAUAGCUCACCCUAUAUGAGCUCAAUGCCGGAACAGGAACCAACCGUGGAGGAGUUGGUUCCACAUACCUCCAUCGUGCUGGUCCCGGAAGAGGGGCUUGAGAAAUUGAGAGAAGAAUUUGAGGACGUCACGUCUACACAUGUAUACAGCUUGGAGCCAGGCCCGAUUGAGAACAUGAACCUGCUCUCAAUCUGCAAUCAAGACAUGACAAAAGAUUGUGCAGGCGAAAACCCACUAGACAGAUGGAAAACCUACGGGUCCAUUCACAAUCCUUAUAGACGAAUCGCAAAGUUUGCCCCUGCUCCUGUACCCGCCGCGUCAAAGCCAACUGUCAGUGCGCUGUCUAAGGAAGAGGAAGCAAAACUCCUAGCUAGGAGAGGAAGUGUUUCAGAGGACAAUACAUCAGCAAUGUCGACACCUCAGCCUACUCCAAGUAGUAGUGCUCUGAAGAAAUCAAACUCCAGGCCUAACCUUAAGAGGGACAAUUCCGACAUCUUCAAGUCAUUCGCAAAAGCCAAGGCAAAACCGAAAGCAGCGGAGAAGCUAAAGGAGCCAACACCUCCACCUGUUGAAGAUGGUACGUUUUUAUGUCCGCCUAUAGCUCUUCACGCUAAGGUGCUCUCAGAAUCAAUGGAAGGAAUGUCCGAAGACGAAGACGACGACAAUGACCCUCCUGAAAUUACAUUCGACGCAGAAAAGGCAGCAUCAGCACAUGAAGAGAUGCUCGAUGCACCACAAGCAGAAGAGAAGGGUUCUCAGGAUUCACCUAUAGACAAGGAGCCAUCAGUGGAUACUGCAGAACGGGAGGUUGUGGUGACAUCACAAGGAGGAAGACGACGAGGCCGACGGCGUGUGAUGAGGAAGAAGAAGGUAAAAGACGAAGAAGACUAUCUCGUAAUUAAGGAAGAAGCGGUCUGGGAGUCUUUCUCGGAAGAUGAACCGGAACCCAAGAAACCGAAACCAGUGCCUUCGAAGCCCGCGACGACAGCGAAAGGCAAAAAGACUGGUAUGCAAGGCCAGGGUAACAUUGCCAGCUUCUUCAAGAAAGCCUGAGUUCUCAAAAGCAUCAAACUGCUCUUCAGCAUCUCACAAGGACCUCUCGACUGGACUAGAUCUCCUGGAAGAAGCUUGCGGCCGGAAUGACAGAAUUUGAUGCUUGUAUUCCCUAUCCGAGAUCAUCUAAGGUCUUCCUAGUCUCAUCUUUGCAAUCUUCGUGGUCUGAACGGUCGCUUUUAGUGGGUAACAAUGGGCAUCACAACGGCUUAGCGC